AACGAUUACUGCUUCAACUUAAAAGAAAACAAGCUAAAUUAAAGAAUGGACUCUGGGAAUUUGGCAAUAGGUAUAUUGUUCUUAUUGCAGAAUAUUGUUGGAAUUCUGGGAAAUUUCCGUCUUCUUUCCUACUAUCUGGUCCUUUACAACAAGGAAAACAUGGUAAAACCCACAGAUUUGAUUCUCACACACCUGAAUAUAGCCAAUUCCCUGAUGAUUCUCUUUCAUGGAGUGCCCCACACAAUUGCAACUUUUGGGUUAAAACAACUCUUCAGUGAUUUGGGUUGUAGUCUUUCUUUAUAUAUUUACAGAGUGGGCAGGGGAAUGUCAUUAAGCUCCACCUGCCUCUUGAGUGUCUUUCAGGCCAUCACCAUGAGCCCCAGGAACUCCUGUUGGAAGGAUCUUAAAGUCAAAGCUCCCAAGUAUGUUAGGUUCUCCAUUUCCCUCUGCUGGAUCCUAUAUGUCCUGGUAAAUUUCAUUUUCCCUCUAUAUUUGCAUACCACAAGGAAUAUCAAAAAUCUGACAAAGAAACGAGACUAUGAAUACUGUUCCACUAUAGGUAGUAAUAAAAUCACUGAAUUGCUAUAUGUAGCAUUAUUGGUAACCCCUGAAGUUUUACUUUCCGGGCUCAUCAUCUGGUCUAGUGGCUCCAUGGUUGUUAUACUUUACACACACAAGCAGCAGGUUCAAUACAUCCACAGCUAUAAAAUUUCUAGCAGAACCUCUCCUGAGUCCCGAGCCACCCGGAGCAUCCUUACACUGGUGUCCACAUUUUUAGCUUUCUAUACUCUCUCCUCCAUCUUACAUGGUUGUAUAGCUCUUUUGAAUAAUACCAGUCCAUGGCUUAUAAAGAUUUCUCAAUUCAUUUCUCUGUCUUUUCCUACUAUUGGUCCGUUUAUUAUGAACUAUGACUGUACAGUACCAAGUUCUGCUUUUUGCACACAUAUAAGGAACCUAGAG